AUGACCCGUCACUACAUUCUCAUUAUGCUGUUCUCCGCUAUCUUAUCAAUCGGCUACUCACUGUCUCAGGACAAGAAUGUAUCUUUCGACAACGAUAUACCUGCAAACCACUGGGCUGUGAGUGCAGUGAUUGAGGGAAUCAUCAUAUCAUUUGAGAGACAAGUCCUCAUCGCCGGUUCCAACACUUAUUGGAACUAUCGACAUCAAGCUGACGUGUGUCAUGCGUAUCAGAUUCUCAGAAAAAAUGGUGUACCCAAGGAGCACAUCAUCACUUUAUCGUAUAAUGAUGUUGUGAAUCACCCUAAGAACCCCUUCAAGGGACAGCUAUUCAACAAACCAACGGGUGACCGUCCUGGCGUUGAUGUCUAUAAAGGUUGCGAGAUAGACUAUAGUGGCGAGGAGGUCACGGUCAAAAACGUUCAAGGAGUUCUAACCGGCGAUAAGUCGCUAGCAUCGAAGAAAGUUCUGGAAAGCACCGAGAACGAUUACGUCUUCAUCAAUUUCGUGGAUCACGGCGAUAGUAUAAACAGUUGGUGUUCUAUGUCGAGGCAUGUGAAUCUGGCAGUCUGUUCGAGGGGAGUCCUCCUAUUCCAGGCCAACGGCCGCGAUCAGCUCGCAUAUGCCCUCGCGAAGCUGCGCGUACGUCAGGCCGAACACGCUCUUCUGACCGGUCUGGAUCUCGCUCAGCUCUCGAAGACGAAAAAGCCCCGCAACGCCGAGUAG